CUGUCUCACUCACUCAAACUGAUGCCUGCCUUUACAGUCCCUCACUCACUCACCCCUCUGCUCUAACCACUAACCAUUGGAUCGCUUUUUGGAAUUUACCUGCAUGAACCUGAAAAGGGAAAUAUCAAGAGUUGGAAUGGUUCGGAGGCCUCCGGUGUGACAGGUUGCUCAUCACACAUGAAAGCAAACUGGUGAAGAAAGCCUUUACCAUACAUCCACAUACCAGAUUUCAUUUCUUCAUUGACUGGACUAGCAACCAGUAGGAACAAGUGGGUAGCACUGCAGGACGAACGUGAGAGCUCACACACUACACCAUGGCCCAAUAUGACCAACUUGAAGAUAAACAUUCUGUGGAUAUCCACGAUAACCCCACAGCCCCUGACAAUAUUGUGAAAGAAGAAGACAAUACUGUAUACUUUAUUUAUGAGGAGGAGGUGGAAGUGGAGGAGAAGGAGCCUGAGCCUGAGCCCGUUGUUAUAUUGGUGAAUGACAAACCACACAAGUUCAAGGACCACUACUGCAAGACGCCCAAGUUCUGUGACGUCUGUGCUCGUAUGAUAGUCCUCAACAACAAGUUUGCUCUAAGGUGCAAAAACUGCAAGACCAACAUCCAUCACUCAUGCCAGUCCUAUGUCGAGUAUCAGAAGUGCUUUGGCAAAAUUCCCCCAGGUUUCAGAAGGGCCUACAGCUCCCCUCUAUACAGUAGUGACCAAACAGAUGCAGGUAAUACACUAACCAUCUCAACAAGCGUUCAACUUAUUUUUUACUAUGUGCUCUCUCUGCUGCUUCCCUCCUGUCUAGCCCACUCCAACCGUAACGACCCUGUGUUUGACACCCUGCGGGUUGGGGUCGUCAUGGCAAACAAGGAGCGCAAGAAGGGGUCUGAGGACAAGAAGAAUAUGAUGAUGAUGAUGAUGGAGGAAGAGGAAUCGCAACAACCCAAAGAAGACGAGCAGGCAGAAGGAAAGCCAGAGGGGGAUAAGAAAGGAGACAAGGCUGACAAAGCAGAUGACAAGAAAAAGAAGGAGAUGGGAAACAUGGGAAAUCAGUCACAUUACUACCUGGCUCUGUAUCGCUUCAAGGCUAUUGAGAAAGACGACCUUGACUUCCAUCCUGGUGAUCGAAUCACUAUAAUUGAUGAUGCAAAUGAGGAAUGGUGGAGGGGGAAGAUUGGGGAGAAGACAGGUUACCUCCCCACAAAUUACAUCAUUAGAAUAAAAACGGGAGAGAGGGUGUUCAGGGUGACACGCUCCGUCGUGGGAAACAGAGAGAUGGGUCAGAUAACACUGAAAAAAGACCAGAUCGUGGUGAAGAAGGGAGAGGAGGUGAAUGGCUACUUGAAGGUCAGCACAGGCCGCAAGCUGGGCUUCUUUCCCACUGACCUGCUCCAGGAGAUCUGAGCCUGACCGGAUCACAACCACAGGUCUAGAGUCACACCGUCACCAGGACCAUAACCACAUAACACCAAACCCAAGACCUAAACACAUGAUCACAACAUUUUCUAACACAACAUUUACACAAACACUUGUAUUUUCCACUUUUAGGGGCCUAUAGAGCUGAUCUGGUGAAUGUGUAAGCUGUUUGAACUCUGUAAAUUGUGUUGAGUGUAACUUAAUACUGUAGCCUACCCACCCUAGUGAACUGGAUCAGCUAUCUAUGCAAUCCGAGCUGGACAGAGACGUGUGACGUAGGACCAGGAGUGUGUGGUGGACACCUAAAAAGUGAACAUGUUUGUGCCAUUUUAAUGUGAUCAAAACCGGACAACCUGAAACUACAUCUUCAGAAACUUGAAGCAAAAAAAGUUUCUAAACCCAAUGGCUGUAACUACUGACUGUAUCUAUUAAGUAACUAGGAUUUUACAUUGUUUUUGUUGUGCAAACCUAAUUGUCUUGGAGGCUAAUGUAUUGCUUACUCUUAUUGUAGUAGUUCCUUUUUUAUAUAUAGUCAGCUGAAAUUCUAGUGCUUCAUUUUCCCCUUGAUGCAAAUGUUCAAGAGGGCUUGUUAAAGUGCAUGUUGUAAUUUUAUUUUAGCUUGGGCCGGUCUUUUAACAUCUUUAACAUACCAGUGUGCUGUGUAUUCGUUGUAUUUUUUAGAGCAAUAGACAAUGUAAGCCUGGCUGACAGAGACCCACAAACUUUUGCCAGACAAAUGAAGUUGAAAUCAUUGAUACAAUAUUGUAACAUUACGCAACAGUCCUUUGUUAUGAAUUUACUAUUUAAGUACUAACAGUGGAGUGCAGGCUUUUCCCAUUUAUUGUCUUACUUGAUAUGCAUCCUCUGUGACACCAUCAUAGUGGUGAAAUCAAUUCACAAUUCAAAAUAAAGUCCUCUAUUUUUGAAUCAGUA